AGCUAACCUGGUUAACGAGCGGCGGCCAACUUUGCAGUGGGACAAACGCCGAGCAGACGGACGAGCAGCGCCAACGCGACCGCCACCAGUUGCUCCGGUCCAAUCCCAUACACAACCAAUUCGCUCCGGUCCCAGCCAACGAGUGCCAGCUGUGCGCCACCACUCACCCAGCUGCAACUCCACGUGUCCAGGGUGAAAGCGCUAUCCAAGAUGCGGACGCACGGACUACUGCUGGUACUCUUGGCCCUGCUGCCCACGAUGGCCCUAGGCUUGCUGGAGGGCCUGUACUGCGGCAAGGACAACUGUUACGACGUGCUGGGUGUCACCAGAGAGUCGUCCAAGUCGGAGAUCGGCAAGGCCUACCGCCAGCUGGCAAGGCGCUAUCAUCCGGAUCUGCAUCGGGGUGCAGAGGCCAAGGCGGCAGCGGAAACGCAGUUCAAGCUGGUGGCUACCGCGUAUGAGAUUCUGCGGGAUGAGGAGUCACGCACGGACUACGAUUACAUGUUGGAUAACCCGGAUGCAUACUAUGCGCAUUACUAUCGUUACUACCGGCGACGCGUGGCGCCCAAGGUGGAUGUGCGCGUGGUGAUCGUGGUCGUGCUGACCAUUGUAUCCGUAAUCCAAUACUAUUCCGGCUGGCAGCGCUACGAUUCGGCCAUCAAGUACUUCGCCACGGUGCCCAAGUAUAGGAACCAGGCCCUGGAAAUAGCUCGCGACGAGAUCCAGGAGAAGAUCCAAAAGAAGGGCAAGAACCGUAUGUCCAAGAACGAUCAGCGCGAUGAGCUGGAACGGAUUAUCCGGCGGGUGAUCGAGGAGAAGAUGGACGUAAAGGGCGGCUAUGCGAAGCCCACGCUAUGGGAUGUGCUGUGGGUGCAGCUGAUCAUCUGCCCCUACACGAUACUCUCGUUCAUUGUGUGGCACGCGCAGUGGUUCUGGCGAUACACGGUGAUGAAGCAGCCGUACGGCCGGGAGCAGAAGCUUUACCUCAUCCGCCGGCACCUGGGCAUGGGCCAGCAUCAGUUCGAGGCGCAGGAGGACAAGCUCAUUGAGGAGUACCUGCACCUGAAGCUUUGGCAGCGCGAUAAUUUCGUCACCUGGAAGGCGGAACAGGAUGAGGAGAUGAAGAAGAAGCUGGCGGAGAAUCCACGAUACAAGGCCUACAGGCGAUACAUGAAGAAUCACGGACCCGGCCGCAUCACCUUCGAGGAUUAGCCGCUGCCGUGCGAUGUUCAAGUUUUAUUGUUCCAUCUAAAGUCUGUUGUGUGCGUGUUGUAAAACCGAUCCCAAUUCCUGGCCCUCGGCAUCCCCAUACCGUCUAAAUUUUGAUACAUUUAUAUAUAUAUAGAUAUUUUUUGUACACCGACUAAAAUGUGAAUUAUGUUAAUGCCCCGGUGUCCGCCAAAGGGCGAAACAUUGACCCCGCCGGAGCGAUCCGCCAAAACCGGUUCAAGAACGUGGCCAAGUUCGGUUCUCGUCGACACAGUGCCCACUGGCUGGCGUGAACGAACCACCCUAGAACAAUUAUCCCCCUACCUGCCUGGUCACAAAAAGCACGCCGUGUUCGUGUGUUUCCAACUAACUUGACUAACCCGAUUACUGUAAUAAACUAGAUAGAAUUUAAA